AUGGCCAACGCUCAAAAGUCUUUCAAGCUUUCUACUGGUGCUGAGAUCCCUGCAAUUGGUCUGGGAACCUGGCAGGAUGAGGCUGCCCAGGAGGCAGCAGUUCUUGUAGCUCUUCAGGCAGGAUAUCGCCACAUUGACACAGCAAGGUGCUAUGGUACUGAGACCGCUGUCGGCAAAGCCAUAAAGCAAAGUGGCGUGCCCCGGAGCGAAAUCUUUGUUACAAGCAAGCUGUGGAACAACAAGCACUACCCAGAUGAUGUAGAGCAAGCAUUACAGAUGACUCUGGAUGAUCUGGGUCUGGAGUAUCUUGAUCUUUUCUUGAUGCAUUGGCCUGUUGCCUUCAAACGCGGAGAUGAUCCGUUCCCAUCCGACAAAGACGGGAAUCUGAUAACUGAUGAUAUAGACUAUGUUGAUACUUACAAAGCUAUGGAAGGCUUGGUGAAGUCGGGUAAAGCCAAGGCCAUCGGAAUUGCCAACUUCUCUCGAAAGGAAGUCGAGCGCCUCCUUGCAAAUGCGACCAUUAAACCAGCAGUACACCAGAUGGAGCUACACCCAUGGCUUCAACAGGAGGAGUUUCAUAAGUUCCACCAGGCGCAGGGCAUUCAUGUGACGCAGUAUUCGCCGUUUGGAAACCAGAAUGAGAUCUAUGGAUCCCGCGAGAAGCACGGUCAGCUGGUCAAUGACAAGACAUUAGUCGAAAUUGGAAAAAAGUAUGGAAAAACUUCCAAUCAAGUCGCCCUAGCUUGGGGUAUCGCACAUGGCCGUUCUGUCAUUCCUAAAUCAAAGUCCCCAGAGCGAAUCAUGCAGAACUUCGAUAUCGCCUUCGAGCUUGCCCCGACAGAUAUCCAGAAGAUUGAUUCUAUCCACAAGAAGUUGCGUUUCAAUGAUUCGAGCAAAGAUUUUGGUUAUGAACUCUUCACAGACCUUGACGGCAAGCAAAAGUGA